GCUGGUCUUUCGGUAACACUGAUGUUGUUGGGCUGGCAGCGGCUUCAUGAACGAAGCCUUUCAAACAGCUGUUAUUACAGUAGUAAUAACCUAACAGCUGGAGCGUGACGCGUAAGCAUUUAGUGUGAACACAGUCCGUUUACGUGUUUGUUUCUCAGGUCCUGCGGCAGCGCAGCCUUUAAAGGUGCAAAAGCAACAACAGAGAGAUGAUCACCAAACAGUCCAUCAUGCUGGGGUUUCAGCUGUUCUCCUCUCUCAACGGCCAAAGAGGGUCUUAGGGUGUUUCUCAAUGUCAAGGAACCCCACAGAGGUUUGUUACCAUGACGACCAAACACGGACCGAUCACCAAUUCCUUCAAGGUGGUGAAGAAAACGAGGAGAGGAGGAAAACAGAACAAGAGCCCCACACCUCCUCCUGCUCCUCCUCCUGCUCCUUCUCCUCCUGAGAAAGGAGACGACGUGUUUAAGACCACCAGGGAAGAGGAAUUACAGAAACUGAGACAGUUUGACCUGGACUGGAGGUUCGGGCCCUGCACAGGUAUCAGCAGGCUGCAGAGGUGGGACAGAGCACAGCUUCAUGGUCUGGAGCCACCUGAGGAGAUCAGAUACCUGCUGCUGCAAACACACACUGACGCUGAAUACAGACUGAGCCUGUGGAGGGACUACCCUUUCUGAAGGAGAGGAGCGGCCUCCUGGGAAAUUCAUCUUUUAAUAUAUUGACAAUUUUUGUAACCAUGUUUUCUGCCUUUGUUCUGCCGUCUGUGAAAACAUUUUAUUAUAAUCAGUAAACAACUGCCACCGAG